ACUCUGUUGCAGCUGUCGGCACCGUCUGUUUCGACCAUCGUAUCGGCCUCCUGUCCGGCGACAACAACGACAACGAAGAAGGCGAAACUUUCAUCCAAGCCGUGCAUGAAUGUCUCACCUUGACACAGAAGAGCUCAAGCUCAUCCCCCUGUACCGCAUCCUCCCCACACCUGUCUUUGAGCGGUUCUCGGCCGCUCAGCGCGUCAUCCGCAGACUGACGCAUCGCUUCCUGCCGCUGGCCAUGACUCCAGAGAAGAACGGGGGGACGGGCAAGCUGGUCAACUACCUGUUGUUUUCCACCAAACUUACCUAUCGCGAGAUUUUCACCUUUCUUGCCGAGUUCUUCUCUGCUGGAGUGGAUACAACCGGACAUUUCCUGGCAUUCACUUUAUAUGCUUUGGGGCGAAAUCCUGAAGUUCAAAGAAAUUGUACAACGAAGUCAAAGAUAUGACAGACAGCAGCAUCACAUCCGGGGCUUUGGAAUCUGCGCAGUAUAUGAGAGCUUUUUUGAAAGAAUCACUCAGGAUGUACCCAGUGGCUCCAGGUCUCGGGCGAACUUUACAGUCAGAUGCUGUCAUCGCAGGCUACCAUGUCCCAGCAGGAACGAAUGUGGUUCUCCAUUACGACAUGGCGGGAAAGACAACCGAUUUAUUUCUUCUCCGGAAGUGUUCUCACCUGAAAGGUGGUUGCGCAGCAACAGAGAAAAUAUCUCCCCUUUCAUUACACUACCCUUUGGUUUCGGACCCCGCAGCUGUCCAGGGCGCCGUCUGGCGGUACAGGAAGUCAGCAUCGUCAUUGCCAAGUUGUUACAGAGGUUUAACAUUGUGUACAAUGGAGAUGAGCUGCCCAUCAGCAUGCAGAUUCUCAACACACCUGCCGAGUCUCUGUCCUUCACAUUUGAGAAACGAAACCUUCCGAUGAUGUCUCUGUUCCUGAACUCCAAUUUCUUUCUACGAAGUGUCAGAGAUAUUUCCAUUUCCUGUGUUAAGAACAAUACUGAUAUCUUUUCCUACAAUCGUCCAAUUUUCUUACUGCACUCUGCGUUGUCAUUUUUCUUAAUGAGAAUAUUAGUACCAUUUUGUAACUUUUAAAACGAGUGAUUCAAAAUAAACCAGAAAUGACAUUAAGACAAAGACUAUGAGUUCUUCUUGUCUGUGAUUUAAACAUUGUAUUGCCAUACUAUUGUGUGUGUGUUUGUAUGUCUGCACUUAUAUAUCAAUCUGUCAGCAGAUUGUAAGAGAUGAAUUAAUAUUUUAAUUGGAGACACUACAAAAUAUUCAAACACUUGUAUUUACUAGUGUGAAGAAAGUUUUGACUUUCAUUUUCCCUAAACAUUUAAAAGCUUUG